GACAGAGAUAACUGCUCAGAGGAUUUUCUUGGAGGCAGAUAAAUAAUGAUCAAUGCAACCAUGGUAGAGGUAUUCACCUUGUCAGGCCUGAAGGACACAACAACAAAAUACAGAGUCACACUUUUCUCUCUAAACCUGUUUUGUUACAGUGCCAUUUUGUUUGUGAAUGUGGCUCUCAUCUUUACAGUCAUACUUGAAGAAAAACUUCACAGUCCCAUGUACAUCUUCUUGUGUAACCUGUGCUUCAACAGUCUUUGUGGGACAGCAGCCUUUCACCCCAAGUUCCUCUUCGACCUGUUGGCCAACACUUAUGUCAUAUCUUACACUGGUUGUCUCUUGCAGGUCUUUUUUAUUUAUUCCUAUGCAUCAACUGAUUUCUCUAUCCUGGCUGUGAUGGCCUAUGACCGAUAUCUUGCUAUAUGCCGCCCUCUGCAGUACCAUGUUAUCAUGACAAAACAAUGGGUUGUCUUUUUGGUGUGUUUCUCCAGACUUGUGCCAUCGAUCUGUCUGUCUGUUGGGGUGAUUUUGACAGCUACGCUGACAUUAUGUGGCUCCCACAUAGACAAACUGUAUUGUGAUAACUGGUCUGUCGUCAUGCUGUCAUGUCAUUCAACCAUGUCUAAUAAUAUUUUUGGAUAUUGUGUUAUACUUCUGUAUUUCCUCCAUGCUGUCUACAUUAUUUGUUCCUAUGUGCAGUUGGUAAAGUUUUCUUUGAAGUAUCAGGAUUGCAGGAAGAAGUUCCUGCAGACGUGCACGCCACAUUUGUUCUGUCUGGUUAAUGUCACUGCCGCUCUUUUUUUUGACCUCAUGUACGGUCGAUACGGGUCCAAAUAUUUAGAGCAGAGUUUGAAAAACUUCAUGGCUAUCCAGUUUCUGAUUAUUCCCCCUCUUUUGAACCCUAUCAUAUACGGUUUUAAUUUAACUGAAGUGCGUAGAAGCUUAUUGAGACUAAAUAGGUACAACAAGCAGCUCAGAAGGUAA